CAAGCGUGAAGGCGUGCAGCUCUCUUCGACGGAACCCAGUCGCCUCACUUUAAUAUACAUACAUCAUCAGCCUUUCCUGCCACAAGCACCUCCAUCUCGACCUCACCUAUCACACAGUCCGCCUUGCGAACGACCUCCCUCCCACCCGUCCACCUCCACCUCUACCCGUUCAUUCUCUACAGCCAAAUCCUUCUUAAUCUUCUCUCCUCCUCGCAAACCGUCUUCCUCUUUUACACUUCUUCGUCCUCUCUUGCCCGACCACUUUUGUACUACUCCGCCAACGUCAAGUUUGACCCUCACUCCUUUCGAGCGACUUGGUUGUUGGCCCCCCCCGCCUUGCCUAUUUUUUUCUGUCCGAGAGCAAAAUCCUUCUCGCCUACCCAGGACGGCGUACAUCUUCUCUCCCACGGAUGUCUUGUUAAUUGGUAGUCUCUCAAGGACCACUUGAUCCGCGUUCCUGCCGGGUUUUCUCUUUCCAUCUCAAGCAUGUACCCCACUCCUCCGGCGUCCCCUACCCAAGAUGGUCAUUGCAAUCCGGAGGACCGUUUGGGCCACGUCCUGGCGGGCCGACUGCAGCUCACUAGUGUUCUGGGUGUAGGUGCGUACGGCGUGGUGUACACUGCCGUCGACCUUCAAACCAACACUCAGUACGCUGUCAAGGCCCUGACCAAGAUCGGAUUAGAACCCCGUCAGCAACGUUUUCAACAGCGGGAGAUACAACUCCAUUACCAGGCUAGCUUCCAUCCCAAUGUGCUCUCGUUGUACAAAAUCUUCCAAACCCCGGAUUGCACCUACGUCGUCCUUGAAUACUGCCCUGAAGGUGAUCUGUUUUCCAACAUCACAGAGCAGGGAAGGUACGUUGGUAAUGACAUCUUGGCCAAGUCCAUUUUCCUUCAAAUCCUUGAGGCCGUCGAGUAUUGCCAUUCCAUUGGGAUCUACCACCGCGAUCUGAAGCCGGAGAAUGUCCUGGUCACCAAUGAAGGCAUGACUGUCAAGUUAGCAGACUUUGGCCUCGCGACCACCGAGCGCAUAACUUCGGACUACGGCUGUGGCUCGACGUUCUACAUGUCACCAGAAUGCCAGCAACAGGUACCAAAACCAUACGCAAGCUAUGCAUCAGCACCAAACGACGUCUGGUCGUUGGGCGUGAUUCUUGUGAACCUCACCUGCGGGAGAAACCCUUGGAAGCGCGCCUGUUACGAGGAUUCCACAUUCAGAGCCUACAUGCGGGAUCGGGAUUUCCUUAGGUCAAUUCUUCCCAUUAGUCCUGAACUGUCCGCCGUUUUGAACAGGGUUUUCGAAGUGGAUCCAAGCAAACGUGCAACUAUCCGGGAGUUGAAAGAAAUGAUCCUGGCUUGUGAGCGAUUCACCACGACGCCAUCAACACAUCAGGUACACCCCGCUCCCUACAAUGCCGUGGAGUUCGUCAACGAUCAGGGCGUGUGCGCUGCAUGUCCACAGCAGGAGACCGUCCAGGCCAUUCCCCAAGUGCCAGGUCCUGUCGUUGCACCGAUGCCUGAACAGACUGCUGGACAGCUUUCUCCCAGGCUCUCGCAGCUCUCCAACGGGAGCUCGGAUUCGGAUUGUGCUUCAGUCUUUUCCGAUGCGUCGUCCACGUCGUCAGCGUCGUCAACGUCAUCGUUUCAGCACAUUACGAAUACGAAGGUUGUGAUUCCACAACAAUACGUUACAUCGUCGCCUAGUGGCUGGUAUACGUUGCCAUCUCAUCUCCACCGGGUGGCCAAUUACCUUCAGUCUUUCCAACACAUUCCUAUGCCUCACCUUCAAGUCUACUAGACGACACUACCCAGCAAUGGCCCCGAUCCUUUUCUUGAAUGUGUUUUUUCUUUUUCUUUUCCGGUUUCUUUUAUCAUACAAAGAUUCACGAUUGGGAUGAAGAUUACGGCGGAACAUUUGUUUUGAGUUCACGCUGCAGCACAGCGGAAGUUUACCUCUAGAUGGCGUGCGUGGAAGAUGGUGUACAUUGUAGACGUACUCGAUUGUAAUGCCGUUUCUUGUCUGGAGCUUUGUCUCGCUCUAUGGGGCGGCACCAGGGCUUGGCACGUACCUUUCUUAUUUCUUCAAGAUUGAAGUUCGAGGACGCAGAAUAGGUCUGGCCAUUCGGGGAGGGUUCAUUGCAUUGUUGAAGGCGUCCAAACCGGAGCGAAUUUUCCGCUGCGAGUACCAAAAGGGGGGAUUUUCUUUUUUUCGAACCAAAAGGCCGAUUUUUCCAAACAGUCACUUCUCAAAGAUACCAGAGCGGGAGGAAAACCCCAAGCUCACAGAAUACUUUUUUUUUGGUUUGGCACAAAAUCUAUACAUUCUUGUAUAGUAGAAACACAUACGACAUAUUCCUGCGUCGGCGCACCUGCGCAGGAAAGAAAACAAAUAUACGUGAGAUGUACGAUAGCCGUUCGGUACGGCAGUCAA